GAAUCAUUGAGGUGGGUGGAGCGUCAGGCCAUUUUUUUCUCUCCGUUGGAUCCGGCCACCGGGCCAUAAAGUCAUUCCAUAUGGCCAGGGGCGGCCCCACACCCGGGUGCAAACUGCCUCAGGCCCCGAGCCUCACGUGCAGGCACUUCGCCCUGAAGUCUCCAGGUGUUGACAUAUCCAUCCUUCUGAGAGGUCAUGCUCUUUGUUUGAGAUGCUGAAGCCGUUGGUGGAGAAGCGGCGCCGGGACCGCAUCAACCGCAGCCUAGAAGAGCUGAGGCUGCUGCUCCUGGAGAGGACCAGGGACCAGAACCUCCGGAACCCGAAGCUGGAGAAAGCGGAGAUACUGGAGUUCGCCGUGGGCUACUUGAGGGAGCGAAGCCGGGUGGAGCCCCCGGGGGUUCCCCGGUCCCCAGGCCAGGACGCCGAGGCGCUCGCCAGCUGCUACUUGUCCGGCUUCCGCGAGUGCCUGCUUCGCUUGGCGGCCUUUGCGCACGACGCCAGCCCGGCCGCACGCUCCCAGCUUUUCUCCGCGCUGCACGGCUACCGGCGCCCCAAACCGCCCCGGCCCGAGGCCGUAGAUCCAGGGCUCCCAGCGCCGCGCCCACCGCUGGACCCCGCUUCACCAAUCCUUGGCCCCGCGCUGCACCAGCGCCCCCCAGUGCACCAGGGCCCUCCUAGUCCCCGCCUCGCUUGGUCCCCAUCCCACUGCUCCUCUCGCGCCGGGGAUUCGGGCGCGCCGGCGCCCCUCACCGGACUGCUGCCGCCACCGCCACCGCCUUACAGACAAGACGGGGCGCCCAAGGCCCCGUCACUCCCACCGCCCGCGUUUUGGAGACCUUGGCCCUGAGCUUUUGGGGGCUGGGGCGGGGAUUGGGGGUGGUGUAGAGACUCCAGUCAGAGGGCAGGAGAGGGAUCCGGGCGAGGAGGGCAGCGGGGCGCGCGGGCUCAGCGCGCGGGUGAGAUGUGGUCUAUAUUAGAGUAUCUAUAUAAAUAUAUAUUUUCCCAUCCCUUUUCCCUGUCCCACUUCCCUGUGUGUAGCAUUGUACUCUCUCUACCCUAGUCCAGUCCCAGUCCCUUCCCGAGUCCCUAGUGCAUGGAAUAAAAUCGUUAUUAAAUCCCGGUGUGUCCCCUAGCCAGGGGCCUGCCUUUAUAUUGGCGCCACGCCUACUUGCCCAUACCCUUCUCCCACCUUUAGGCCUGCUCUCCACGGCCCAAGCCCUGGGGGAGACAGGUAAGUAAAGAGCGGAGCGACAGACUGAGGUUGGAGCUGAACUUUAUUUGUGGGUCUUUAAAUUUUUUAAAAGCCAAGAAAAGAUUAAAAUGAGUAAUAAAACCGACUCUGGUGGGAUUCGAACCCACAACCUUUGAAUCGCUUUCUCGUCACUAGAAGUCCAAUGCGCUAUCCAUUGCGCCACAGAGCCACAUGGCGGGCGGCGCCUCCUUCCGGCUUACGGACACCAGUAUAGGAAAAAAAGGGGUAGCGUGGGAGGGAGAGAGAGAGAGACAGAGAGAGAGACAGAGAGACAGAGAGACAGAGAGACAGAGAGAGAGAGAGAGAGAGAGAGAGAGAGAGAGAGAGAGAGAGAGUGUGAGUGAGAGAGAGAGAGAGAGUGUGUGUGUGAGAGAGAGAGAGUGUGUGUGUGUCCGUGUGCAAGGAGAUGGGGCGGAGCGUCAUAGGAGCUAGAGGUGACAGCCUCAGGUCAGCGGAAUGAAAUGUAGUGUAUGGAAAGCGCAUGAGCUAGGUGACAGGAAGGGUGGAUGCAGGUGCGAGAAACAGAGAGGGAGACUAACGAAAUUUGAGCUCCCCAGCAGUGCAAAGCUCGGGCUGCUUCUUGCGUAAGCUACCAAGCUCAGACUUGCUCGGUUCCCAGAUUUGAUCUCACUAAAUAAACUUGUUUUGUUGUAAA